AUGCUUGGCACUGACGUAAUCGCUCUACCAAGAUGGCGGCUGACAGUGAUCCGGAGUCCGAGGUGUUUGAGAUCACAGACUUUACCACAGCCUCCGAAUGGGAGAGAUUUAUUUCAAAAGUUGAAGAGGUUUUGAAUGACUGGAAAUUAAUCGGGGAAUCCUCUAAGAAGACACCUGAGAAGGGUGAAUAUACUAGUGGCCUCUGGGAAGAGAAAGGAGAUGAAGUUUUAUUUGCAGAUUUCAAAUUCUCCAUCAGGCACCAUUACUUUCUCCAGGAAGCAUGUGAGAAAGAGGAGGUGGAAGAUAUGGGAGAAGAUUCCCUUCCUGUAGCAACGCAAGACCUGCUAAGCACAAAUAAUGACUUUCCACCCAUAGCUCACUGCCUGGUACGAUGGUAUGGACUGCGCGAGUUUGUGGUGAUUGCGCCGGCUGCUAACGAUGCUGUUAUUAGUGAAUCUAAGUGCAAUCUUCUGUUGAGUUCUGUAUCAAUCGCAUUAGGAAACACCGGCUGCCAGGUUCCUGUCUUCGUGCAAAUUCAUCAGAAAUGGAGGAAACUCUAUGUGGGCGAGUGCCAAGGACCUGGAGUGAGAACAGAUUUCGAGAUGGUUCAUCUGCGAAAAGUCCCGAAUCAGUACACACAUUUAUCAGGACUCCUCGACAUCUUCAAAUCUAAAAUUGGAUGCCCUCUGACGUCGCUGCCACCUGUUAAUAUAGCUAUCCGAUUCACAUACAUCUUGCAAGACUGGCAACAAUACUUUUGGCCUCAGCAGCCUCCAGACAUUGAUGCACUUGUUGGGGGAGAGGUUGGUGGAUUGGAAUUUGGAAAGCUUCCUUUUGGUGCCUGUGAAGACCCUAUAAGUGAGCUUCAUUUGGCAACAACCUGGCCUUUUUUGACCGAAGGGAUCGUUGUGGACAAUGACGUCUACUCUGAUCUGGAUCCAUUACAGGCUCCUCAGUGGUCUGUCAGAGUUAGGAAAGCGGAUAAUCCUCAGUGUAUGCUGGGUGAUUUUGUUUCGGAAUUCUUUAGACUUUGUCGACGGAAAGAGUCUACGGAUGAGCUUCUGGGAAAAUCAGCCUUCGAAGAGAAUGGGAAAGAAGCAGCUGAUAUAAGCCAAGCCCUCUCAAAACUCACAGAACCGGCACCGGUUCAUAUCCACAAGCUAUCCGUCACCAGCAUGGUCCAUAGUGCCAGGAAGAAAAUCCGCAAACACAGAGGAGGCGAUGAGUCGCCGUUAAGUAAUGAGGUCCUAAACGCUAUUCUCUUUUUCUUGUUUCCUGAUGCCAAACUUCUCGAUGGAUCAGAAGGAAAGCCUAGCUCCUCCACAGGGAACAUUGCUUCACAGUUCGAGAAUGAAGACUAUCACCUUUACAGCCAGUUGAAGUCCGCUCCAUUGGACAGUCUGACGUACAAAUUGGCCUUAUGUCUCUGUAUGGUUAACUUUUACCAUGGGGGCGUAAGAGGUGUAGCCCACUUAUGGCAAGAGUUUGUUUUGGAGAUGCGAUAUCGGUGGGAAAAUAACUGUCUGAUCCCGGGGUUGGCCAGCGGUCCUCCAGAUCUCAAAUGCUGUUUGCUGCAUCAGAAACUCCAGAUGUUAAAUUGCUGCAUUGGAAGGAAGAAGGAAAGGGAUGAGGGUAAAAAAGCCGGUGCCACAGACUUCUCAAGUGACAAGUCACCAAACAGGAUUGCAAACGAUCCAGGCGAAUCGGAGAAAAGUAAAUAUGAAGUGGGGAAAUCUUGGGACUCCUGGAGCGACAGUGAAGAUGAAUUCUUUGAGUGUCACAGCGACACGGAGGAACUGAAAGAAAGCGGGCAAGAGGCUACAAAGAAAUCUUCGUCCAAAGACGACUCGAAGGAACCUCUGGUGUUAAAACCAGAAGGGCGUCUACAUCAGUCCGGAAACUUAACCUUGCUAAGCACGGGGGAGCCACUCUACAUUCCAGUAACACAGGAACCAGCACCUAUGACAGAAGAUUUGCUGGAGGAACAGUCCGAGGUUCUGGCCAAACUGGGGACGUCAGCAGAAGGAGCUCACCUGCGUGCUCGGAUGCAGAGUGCCUGCUUGCUGUCCGAUAUGGAAUCAUUUAAGGCUGCCAAUCCAGGCUGUGGCCUAGUGGACUUUGUAAGGUGGUACUCUCCACGGGAUUACGUGGAGGAGGAAGUGACGGAUGAAAAGGGCAAUGUGGUCAUCAAAGGGGAACUUAGCCAGCGAAUGAAAAUCCCUAAUAACAUGUGGGUGGAGGCCUGGGAAACUGCUAAAUGCACCCCCGCUCACAGGCAGAGACGGCUGUUUGAUGACACUAAAGAGGCAGAAAAGGUUCUUCACUACCUGGCUUUUCAGAAACCUGCAGACCUGACCAGACACCUUCUGCCAUGUGUGAUUCAUGCUGCCCUGCUCAAGGUAAAAGAUGAAGAGGUUGAGGAAAAUAUCCCGUCCGUCAAGAAGACUAUAAGACAGAUCAUCUCGCACUCAAGUAAAGUUCUGCGUUUCCCGAAUCCCGAUGACAAGAAGCUGGAGGAUAUCAUUAACCAAAUCCUGAGCGUGGAAGCUACAAUCGCAAGAGCAAGAUCUCUGAAGGCAAAGUUUGGAACUGAACGCUGUGAAAAACCAGAUGAAAAGGAAGAUCUAGAAAAGUUUGUCAGUUGUCUACUCGAAGAGCCAGAAGUGCCAAUCAUAGGAGCCGGGAGGGGACACGCUGGAACCAUCAUUCACAAGAUGUUUCUAAAUGCUCAAAGGCUGACUGAAUCUUCUGAUGAGGCUGCAACAAUGGCUCCUGUUGAAGACCCUAAAAGACCCAGUUCAUCAGAUGACCGUAGGCAGGUGUCAGGGUCAGAUUUUCCUGCUCCAGCUGGACGUGAAGUCAUCUUGCGUUUCACCGUACCUAGACCAGCACCAUAUUCCAAAGCUCUACCCCAGCGAAUGUAUAGUGUUCUCACCAAGGACGAUUUCAGACUGGCAGGAGCGUUCUCCUCUGACACAUCCUUCUUCUAACCUUCGGAUUCCCAGACACUCAUUUUCAUCAAAGUGUUGGAAGAUCGAGCUUAUUCAACAUCCGAUCACUCAAAAAAAAAAAAAAAAAAAAAAAUCUACCAAACAAGUGAUAAAAUAUAAACCAACUCUUGUGCCCCUAGGCCAGUGACAAACACUGUCCCCAUAUAGUGAAAAUAAUUACCGCUGUUUGUCACACCAACCUCAUUUUUCAGGUUCACUGGCAGACACUGAAAUACUUUAUUAAUUAUUCAAUAAGCCUGACAGGGUUUCAGUCCGAUAAAUGUAACACAAUCGCCAUCCGGGUAAACGCCAAAGACAGUGUGGGUUUUUCUUUUCUUUCAUUAGCUUUAAAAACCGUUGCAAAAGGUAUUACCCAUCCAGUUAUUUGCCCUCCUCCUCCCCUGUCACUAUUUAAUUUGGUGCCUGUCAAUCUUGUUGCUUGAUUUAUCAUUUUUAAUCUACUUAUUAGAAUAUCCAAAAUAACUUAAUGUAUAACUAGUGUACUGCGACUCCUUAUUCUGCAUAAAGAAAACUUAAAAGAUCUCCAUACUGGGGAGGGGGUUAAAAAAAAUGAAUUCCUGCUUUGAAGAAUAAUCGUAUAUGCCCCAGUUAUUGUUUUAAGACAAAUCUAUUUAUAACAAGUUGUUGAAACGUCAGUAAUUCUGUAUUAUGUUCCGAUGAAAUGGCACGUGCAGAUUAGUUUAACUAGGCAUGUAAAUGUUAUAGGAAUCACUGCUCUGCAUUUAAAAGAAGUGCAAGAAGGGAGUUUUUUUUUUUUUUUCUCUCCUAUCUUCCUUAGGAAGUCAAAGCUGUGUUGUGAUUGGCUGCAUUACUGUCUCUGUAAAGUUUACAUUUAUUUUUGAGAGUGACUGUCAGAAGAUACAGAAUGAGCAGGCCAGGCACGAGCUGAGAAUUUUAAAGUUGAAAUCUAGAACACGAUUGUGAUUUUAUUGUUCCUACAUAGAAGGGAUUUGCUGUUACACCUGAUCACAAUGACUUGUCACACUUCUAUCAAGUCAUUUACAGUUCAACACUGAAUUAUUUACACAUUCCCGUGAAAUCCACAGAAAGUAUGCAAUGUUUUUACUCUGCUAAUUAUUCAGUUUCAUUUAUUAUGACAAAACCUUUAAAAUUGUCCACAAAUACAUGCAGCAUAUGCACGUGAUGUACAACGUAUUGGUUAAGAAACAAAUUUAAAGGUAAUGAUGCAGAUUGAA